AUGUCAGUGUUAAGUUUAGUGCCAGAAGAGAAACGGAAUCAGAGAAGGGACUCGGUGGAGAGCGUGUACAGCAGCAGCUCGCGGCUGACACUGCUGGCAAAGCGCAAGCGCGCGGGCGCGGGACUGGGGGGCGCAGCAGCCGUCGGCGGCGGCGACAUGGCGGCGCGCGACCGCUUCGUGGCGCAGCGCGUGCUCUCCGCCAAGACGCACCGCGUCAAGCAGCUGCAGAACCAGCUGGCCGACGCGCACUACCACCUGCAGGAGCUAAGCAACGAAAAUAAAAUUCUGCGUGCCCUUCAAAAGAAACAGGAAAUAGCAUUGCAAAGAUACGAGAACUCGAAUGCGGAGCUGCCGCAAGUGCUGAACGCGCACAACGAGGAGCUGCGCGUGCAGCACGCCAAGUACAAGCAGCUGAAGGCGCAGUUCCGCGACGCGAGCGCGCGCCUCAAGGAGCGCGACCUGCAGCUGCAGCAGCUCCGGGACGAGCACCAGCACUUACUGGAACUCAGCAAGGACAAAAAUCUUCUCGAACGUGAGAAACUCCAAAGCCAAGUGGCGGACCUGACGGCGAAGGUCCAACAACAAAACGAAACCAUCAGCAUGUUGCAGCGCCGCAUCGCACUCGAAGCGAAGAAUUUUAAGCACCAGCUUCAGAAUGAGAUCAAUAAGCAUAAAGACACAAGACACGAUCUUGAUCUUGCCAUAAGCAACGCUGAUAAGCUUUCAACAAUAAUUGAGAUGAAAGAAAAAAUGAUCAGUACAGUUGCAAGUCGUGGCGGUGGCAGUAAGUCCCCAACUAAAAUGACGGCAAUUCCUCAGUUUGCUAGACCUGUGUACAAGCCUGCAAAAGAAGGGAGCAAUAGAUCUGUCGAUGAAAAGACUAUGGAGCAGAACAUCCUGGCAAAGCUGUGCGAGGGCUCGCGCACGGUGAGCAGCGCGCUAUCGCAGGACGAGGACGCGGGCUCGUCGCCCGAGCCGCUCUCGCGCCGCGUGUCGGCCCGCUCCACGCCCUCGCGCGCCGCCGCCCGCCCCAAGGGUCCCAGCGACAUCCUGGAGCUGGCCAAGACCGUGCAGGACGGCAUGGCCGAUCUCGCCAUCAUCGAUGACGUAGACCUGGCGAACGCCCCCCCGGAAGAUGUGCAAAAGAAAAUGGAUCUAAUGAAAACGGAACUGAUGAAUCAAAUUAAAAAGAAUGAACAGCCGCCGUCGCGUAAACCGAGUGCUUUGAGGAGAAGGUCGACCGAGGAGUCAAUCGAGGAGUGCGUCGCGGGGGAAAUCGAGCGUCCCAAAUCUAGGGGCAGGAGGAAUUCGACGGUUUCAUUUUAUGAUACGACGAAUGCGGAGACGAUUUCAAGUAUCAUAAACGAUGGCCCCGGGGACGAAAUCGACAAGUUUAAAGUGAGACGUGAGAGUAGCGUCGUGGAAAGGAAAUUAUCUGGAAAAUCUGUCGAUAAAUAUUGUAAAGACAUCUUUCAGGACAUAGAAAAGAGUUCGAAGGUCAUCGACGUCCACAUGAAGCAGUUGAGUCAAGCGAGGUUCGCCAGCGACAAGCUCGUGGAGCAGCUGCAGGCGGUCGAUAGGAUGAAUGAACUGGUCAACGCUCGAGGCGAUAUACCGGACGAGGCUCUGUCGGAAUUAAAUAAUAAUUUUCAAUUAUUAACUGAUCACGUGUUUACAGAAUCUGUACCGAUUACUAGGAAACGUUCAGUUUCCGGGCGACGCAACUCCAGAGUUGAAAGCAGAAGUAAUUUACUGGGCGACGCGAGUAUGAGUAAUCAAGAUCUUCUCGACGAUUUAUUGGGAAAAAAAUGAUAUCUAUUUCCGAGGCCUGCUGAAUUCUCAGGUCCCCGAAGACGAUCUCCGUUACUUAAAUAGAAUAUGAACUCCUGAUUUUAUAUUAUAAUAUAA